GGAACCCCAUCUUCACACUUCUCAUCACCCACCGCCGCCCCAGUUUUAGGGCACCAGCGCCUUUAACCGGACCUAUAUGUCCAACGCUAAAAAAACUAAAAAAAAAACUAAAAAUCCCGUCAAAAUUUCAAAAUUUUCCACUUUCCCAAAUCCCCCCUCCUCUUCCUCCUGGAAUUGGAUGCCUAUGUGCAAAACCAAAAUGGCGGUCGACGCCGACGCUCCAACCCCAACCCCUCGCACCUCUCGUACUCCCCGAACCCCACGCUCUCCCAGACCAGCAACACCAACCUUCACCGCCGCCGGCGCCUCCUCCUCCUCCGACCCUCCCACCUCCGGAACCGGAACCUCCACCUCCACCUCCAGCCGCACCUCCCUUCCCAGCCUCCGCCAGUCGCUCCCCGAGAACCCCCACAUCUACGACUACUCCGAGCUCUGUUCCGCCACCAACAACUUCCUCGCCAGAACCUACACCUCCACCUCCUCCACCCGCUCCUGGCGCUGCACUCUCCGGGGCAAAGACGCUAUCAUUUUCCAGCGCAAGUUCCGCCGCAAGAUCCAGAUGCCCCAGCUCAAGCAACGCCUUGCCGUUAUCUGCCGUAGCCACCACCUCAGCCUGGUCAAGCUCCUCGGCGCUUCCAUCUCCGGCGACCACAUUUUCCUCGUCUACGACUUCGUUGAUGGUGCAAACCUAGCGACCUGUUUGCGGAACCCUAGGAACCCCAACUUCUCGGUGCUCUCCGCGUGGAUGUCCAGAAUGCAAAUCGCCACGGAUUUGGCGCACGGCCUCGACUACAUUCACAACAGCACCGGCCUGAACAUGAGCUUAGUGCACAACCACAUUAAGAGCAGCAGCAUCCUGGUCACCGAGCCUUCCUUCAACGCCAAGAUUUGCCACUUCGGCACCGCUCAACUCUGCGGCGAGAUCGACGAAAACGGAGCUCCUGAAGAUUCUGCUCCGGGCGGUACGAGUCCGAGAUACAAGGGCAAAAUUGAAGAGGUAUCCGAAACGACGCCGUCCAAAUUGAGGCGGUCGGACAGUCGAAAAUUGCAAUUCGAAGGUGUGAAGGGGUACAUGUCCCCGGAAUUUCAAUCAACAGGCGUGGCAACGCAAAAGAGCGACGUCUACGCGUUUGGUGUCGUAAUCUUGGAGCUCCUGUCCGGAGAGGAGCCUUUCAAGUAUAAAUACGAUAAGGCCAAGGGUGACUUCGUUCGGACCACGGUGAUCGAGGCAGCGAGAGCAGCAAUUGACGGCGACGGCGACGAUGGGGGGCUCAGAAGGUGGGUGGAUCGGAAGUUGAAGGACUCGUUUCCGGUGGAGGUGGCAGGGAAGCUGACACGCCUAGCGCUGGAUUGCGUACACGUGGAGCCUGAUAUGCGGCCCAACAUGGGACGCGUGGCGGGGAAGAUUUCUAAGCUUUAUUUGGAGUCUCGGAUUUGGUCCGACAGUGUCAAAAUGCCAACCGAUAUUUCGGUCUCUUUGGCACCCAGAUGACUACAAGUCUAAAAUAUUCGUUUAUUGUUUUCCGUGAGAAAUUUGUUUGUUUGAGUGGGACACGGGUGGAUGGGCAAUCUUUUAUUUAACAAAUUUAAUCAAAGAUUACGAUUGUGACGCGGCUAAUUAUAUU